UCAAAGCAGGCAGACAUCAGACAUGGGACUCAGGAGAGAGACUCAACUCAAGGUGCUGAAGCAUGCUUCACCUGUGACCCUGAGUAUCUUGAUGGCACACAUUCAUGCCAUCUAGGCCUUAGGCACCAUACAGCCAUUUUUCAGAAGUUCUGCUGAUGACCACCAGUGACUGAGAACCCCAGUCUGCUCAGUGCUGCACCACAGCAAGAGCAUCUAAAGAUGAUGAAGGAUGAGGACACUGCCCAUCCAAAGAAAAGUUCUUCAACAGACUACCUGUGGGUGCUACAGAGCUUUUGCAUUUUCUCAAGCAUUUUGAAAGCUGAAGGAUAUCAAGGGAACAUUUUUAUGGAGCUGGAAUAACCUGUGGCUGCUUUUUCACAAGCACUGAGCGUGCAAGCCACUCCUGAGAGCCAGAGGAACCCGGACCUCUUCCUGCUCCAUUGCACUAAGAAAGUUUGGAAGCAAAGAUGUGCAACCUAAAGCUGUCAGUUUUCUUCAUUGUACUUUCUGUCACCCUGAGCUGUUUGGAAGCUACGUCUAUUGAGAAAUUAUUAUCUGUGAGUGACGAUCUCUCUGAUGGGACUUCCAAGAGGCAAGAGUGGAUACUGCCCGUAAUGUCACAGAACACACUCUCAGGACUUAGUGAGAAAAUGCCGGGACAGCCAGCAGCAAAGACAAAAAGUGGUCACCACCUGGAGAAACGGAAGUGCAACACUGCUACAUGUGUGACACAACGCUUGGCUGACUUCUUAGUUCGUUCCAGCAGCAACAUCGGAGCAAUUUAUUCACCUACUAAUGUGGGGUCCAAUACAUAUGGAAAGAGGGACACAGCUGGGCUUUUAAGCAGAAAAUCCCAAAACAAUACAAAUCUUUAGGGUGUUGUAAUGACUAUCAAUACAGUUUUAGUUAGGAGCUCAGUUUCUAAUGUAAUCUUUUGGUCAAUUAUUACUUGUACAGUCUUAACAGUGCCUUGUUUUCUUUGUGUACGUGUAUGUAAUUUAUGCAUGUGUAACAUCAUGCAUAGGCUAUUUCAAAUCCUUUAGAACUCCAGAAAUCUGCUUGUCAAAUUUCUUUGUAAA